GCCUCUUUGACGCAAUCAAGUUUUGCCGCGUUUCGCGCAAAGGGAAGAGCCCGUCAACAAUCUGGCAUUGCCGAUAUUUGGAGAAAGAAAGCGAUUGUAUCAAUACUGGAGAGGGAGGGUGGAUUAAAGCACUUCUGAAUCCUAAUUACAUGUGGAGAUAGAAGAAGAACGCUCAAUAAGAAUGGUCAGUCUACAGGACGACGAUCAUUCCGAAUUCAUCUCUCCUUUUCUGAGAAAUGACACAACAGAUGAAAUUGUGACAGUUUCGCCCCAAGAGCCAGGCAGAAACAACAGAAAAGUCUACUUGAUUAAGAAAGAGGCAGGCUUGACAGGACGCAGCUAUUUGCAAUGUUCCGCUUGCCGUCAUCGCGCUUUCAAGCUGUUUCGAAAUGUUACGCAAUCGCUUGCCCCAGACCACUUGAAACGAUAUGGCAGUUGGGAGAAUGAGGUCCUUAGAUUCUGUCGCACAUGCUGGUACAGAGGAGAUAGUUCAAAGCACGGGGAAGACAGGCCUGAAAAUAGGCCCAACUUCGAUCGUGGCCCCUUGGGAGUAACUGAUCAACGAGCAUGCGUUAGUUGGCAUUUUUUGCAAAGGGAUUUCGUUAGAAGGAGGCAUGGUGAGAAAGAAGAAAAUUUGGAUGGCAAAAAUAGGGAAGCUAGGGUAAAUCAAAAGAAACACAACGAUGUGAUGUUGCCCCUUGUUUCGGUAGUUGGUCAAAGAGGGAAUGAGUUUGUUAAGAAAGACUCCAACGCUAAUUUAUUCGAUUUUAAUGGCAAUGAAGUGUCGCUGCGAAAUAACGAAUCGGGGUAUCUAUCAAUUGAGCAUUCUCCGUCGAGCGACAGACAGGACCACGUGUCAAGCAUUUUGAUGAAUAUCCACAAAGACCACGAUUAUGCCCCUGCGGUGCAGCGCGAAAUAGAAAUCACGACUAGUACUAGAAGCCCAGUUAAAGAUUAUUACCAUGGGAACAACUUUCAAAGGCCUAAUUCGAAAUUUGAAAUAAAAAACGAUGUAAAGAUGAAUAAACGAACCUACAAAGUUAAAUAUAAUAAAGAACAAGUGAAACAGGCGGCGAACAAGUUACUGAAGAAGGCCGUGAUGUAUGAUGGGACGUCGAAACCAGUGCAUAACUUCGUUACUGUCAACUUGCCUGUUUCGAAGGUAGAGGAGGAGCUGAGGUCGAAAAGAGAAAAGGGCGAAGGACCUGACCCAAAUCAUUUGAUGGGACUAAAAGCGAGAGCUGCGGACGGACAAACUUUGCCUGGCUUGAUUUGCCCAUUGUGCGGCAAGCACACGGUAAAGUCGUACAGCGUUUGGAAGAAGAAUAACGCUCCUGCCAAGAUAUUGCACUUGUUUAAAGAUGGGGUGACUGUUAUACGGGCCUGUCGAAAGUGUGUCCCUUAUCCUAUAAACCGCGAGCGGGAGAAACGGAAGGGCGAGAACAAACCAGCCUCUCAAAGCACAGCUUCAAACGCUGUCAAAUGUGAUAAGCCAGCGAAUGCCGCAAAACCGCUUAUGAACGGAUACGCAAAGAAAACAACCAACGGAAAAAAUAGCGUUUUAGACUCGAAGGGAAAUGGUGAAGUUUCUAAGGUUAAUAACAGUGUGGUGGCGAAUAGUACGGUGGUUAAAGAAACAGUUGUAACGAAAGCAAAUAAAGAUCGAGAGGUUAGCGCUAAAAACAAACGAAACGGCGAGAAUGUUGAAGUGGAUAAUUUGAAAAAGAAAGCGAAAAUAGAGGAGAAAAAGCGGACGAUCGAGGAAGUUAGCGGCCAUGAACUGACUGGAUUAGAGUGUUUCGAGAGCUUGCAAUCAGAAGAGCGAAUCGACAGUGCGGGCGGUCAGGAUGCGGAAAGUUUUCUGCUCUGUAAUGAAACAAGACGCGAUCCUGAAGCAACUCGGAAUGGAGAAACAUCUGCCAGAGUAACACGAGGUCGUCCAACAAAGGCUUCCCUUGUUUGUGACAAAUGCAACACGCCCCUGGGGAAAAUUCACCGGACUGUCAAGUUAGCCAACUGUCCAAAGAAACUCGUGUAUUUUUUUAAAGAAAAUCGAAAUAGAAGGUCGAUGAAAAUUUGUAAAAACUGUUCAAAGUAGCGUCGUAUCUAGUUGUAUGUAUUGUAAAAAUUGUGCACCUAAUUAAAUCAGUAUUUUGCGAAGAAUUUCGCUCGAAGUCCAAUUUCAAAGUUAGAACCACCACUGACAUUUUGAUUGUGAUGUGUUUUAUUGAGCAACUUGAUAUUUUAAGAGAAACAGACGACAAAGGAACCAGUUAUGCAAAUCAAGAAUUUGAUGAAUCCUAGCUUGGUUUCAGCCAAAGAAUUUUGCAUGUACGGGGCUGUUUUAAGUCCUAUUCGUUGACUAGUUGUCAAUAUUUGAAUGAAAAAGAGAAGUUUAGCCAAUAAUAAUUUAGCAAGUCACGGAGGUCGAGUCUCUCUUUCACCGGAAUAAACAAAACCUAAGUCUUAAUCUGUGAAGUUAGCAGAAAAAAACUUGCAGUUCGCAAGAGGCCUUUUUCAUAUUAAUCAUUGGAAUUGCUUAUCGCAGGGAAGAUUUGAUGUUUGAUGUUUUUGAGAGAAUUUGAAUGCAGAGAGGUUGAAAAUAGAAAAACGGUGGAAUUGGUAUCGUUUUCCUUUGUUUACUUGCUUUUGUUAUCACUGUGAUGUAAUCAAUAAUUGGAUCUGAAUGAGAACUAAAGUUGGGCUAAUCGGGGGUGUUAGAAAAAUAUCAGUUUUAUUCAUAAAGGAUUGUCUUUGAUUGAUGAUGUAAAAUUA